GAUUAAAGGUAUUGUACAGUUAGAACCAUAUGCGUUUAAUCGAAUGAUUCUACAUUACCAGGGGUCCGUUAUUAUAUUUACUUGGUGUCUACUAGCCAGGAGUUACGCUCAGUACUUUAUUAAACCACAUUGUUGACUUGUACAAUGUGCACUAUCGAGUAGUACAUCUAUGUGGAACAUGUGCUUGUUCCGCUUUCAAGGGUAUGCCUAUUAACCGGGUCCUACAUCCUUUCAUUAAUCGCAAUAAUGUUUUUUGGAGAUUCUAGUUUAAUCUCUAUGAGGAAUGUGCCCCCCAAAGAGACAUCGGCAUCUCAAUUUAAUCAUUCCCGUUUGAUGAUACUGGAUGAAUCUAUUGCUACACCUGUUGUUGUGGUAAACCUACCAAGCCCAAGAGCUCUUUUGGAAUCCAGCUUCUAUACCAUAUACAAAGAUAAGAUUUAUUGGAUUCGCGGGAUUGUACCUAAUCUCAAACCGGUUAGCCUGUUCUUCAACAACUUGAUUGUUAACGAUGAUUUAAUCUAUGCAACAUUUCCGUUUGACGCUAUCCACUUGAUGACGUCAUUACUAUUUCUCGAUUCUGCUAGGUUCAUCUCUAUUCCUCAGCGUAUAUAUGAUUUGUAUCGUCCAAAUGGUAAAGAGUCGCAGUACCCCGGGUUGGAAGCUGGUCUAUUUUAUAUAUGGAACAAUAAUAUUGACGGCGUCCAAGAUCGACUAUCGUAUUUAUGUGACUGCAUCAAACCUGAAGGCGUGAAAGACACCCUGUUCAAACCGAACGUAAAUAAAUUCAGAAUGAUGGUCGAAUACAAGGUGCUCACAUUAACGAAAAGAUUAAAGGAAGAAAAUGUAGUAAUGGGAUCCUAUUGCCUGUUAUCUGACAUUUCUAAUAAAGACGAUAUUAGGAAGCAUCACAUACAAUAUAUAGAAGGUAAAUUAUCUCUCUUUGCUUGGUCAGUCAUAUCUACUAUGCUAAACACUGAGGCGCGAACCGCACUCAUCUCGACUAGCGUUUUAGAUAUUAGUUAUCGGGGUCAAAAGCAACAUGGAACGCCUUUAUCAUCACGCAUGUCAUCUGGCGCCAAUACGCAGAAGAAACGUAGGCUUCCUGUCAUCAAAGGUACGGCAUCUAUUACAAGCUUCUUUAAGUCAAAGUAACACUGUAGAUUGUGUCGGCAUUUUUAUUCAGGAUGUCUCACAGAUGGUUA